AUGGCGAGAACCACGGGCAAUGGCGCGGCGCGCCCUGGUACGGGUGACCUCCCCGUACCGUCCGGCAACAGUCCCCCGACGAGGGUCCUCCCGCUUGGCGGAGGCACAGUCAGUGGACAGGGGGGUGGCGGCGUCCGGGGUGGAAGGACAGUUGUGGUGAAUCUCCGGUCCAAGGUGCAGAAUGGACGGUGGAAAUCGAGGCGGGAUUCAGAGCAUAUGCAUCUCGACCUUCACCGAAGGGCUGGCCAGCUCAGGAAGGUCAAGGGACGUGCAUUGCCCGAUGCGUGCUCAUCUCCUGCCAUGGCGGACGGCCGAUGCUGGCAAUCUUGA